AUGCAUCCGAGCGGCGGCGGCACGCUGUCGGUGCCACCGGGGUUCCGGUUCCACCCGACCGACGAGGAGCUCCUCUACUACUACUUGAGGAAGAAGGUGGCCUACGAGGCCAUAGAUCUGGAUGUCAUACGGGAGAUCGACCUCAACAAGCUGGAGCCAUGGGAUCUCAAAGAUCGGUGCAGAAUUGGGACUGGGCCACAGAACGAGUGGUACUUCUUCAGCCACAAGGACAAGAAGUACCCGACGGGGACGAGGACGAAUAGGGCGACGACGGCGGGGUUCUGGAAGGCGACGGGGAGGGACAAGGCCAUCUUCCUCUCCAACGCCUGCCGCAUCGGCAUGAGGAAGACGCUCGUCUUCUACGUCGGCAGGGCCCCCCACGGCAAGAAGACCGACUGGAUCAUGCACGAGUACCGCCUCGACCAACACCACACCACCAACCUCCUCGACGCUCAGGAAGAUGGAUGGGUGGUGUGUAGGGUAUUCAUGAAGAAGAGCUACCACCGAGGCCUCAGCCCGCCCGAGAUGGCGGCGGUGGACGACGACGAGAUCCUCCACCACUCUUUCCCUGCUCCGCUCCCCGCCGCGGCGGACCAGAAGCACAGCCACGCCGGCGGCCACCAGCAGCAACUCAUGCCGCAGCACCACCAGCACUACGACGGCUUCCCUACCUUCGACCCCUCCAUGCAGCUCCCGCAGCUCAUGAGCGCCGAGCAGCCGGCGCCGGCGCCGGCGGCCGCCCCCACCUCCUUCCUCCCUGGCGUUCCUCCCGCCGCCAUGAGCCCCCUCGACGUCGAGUGCUCCCAGAACCUCAUGAAGCUGACGUCCGCCGGCACCGGCACCAACGGGGCCGGGCUGCUCCACGCCGGCGACCACCGCUUCAACGCCGCCGCCGCUGCCGCCACGGACUGGUCGAUCCUGGACAAGCUCCUCGCCUCCCAUCAGAACCUGGACCAGCUAUUCCAAGGCAGGAUCAUCGCCGGAGCGGCGACGUCGUCGCCGGCGGCUGCCAUGGCGCCUAGCCACAACCACCAGCAGCAUCUCAUGGAUCAGCUCGGCGGCGCCGCCGCCGGCUCGUCGUUGCAGAGGCUUCCACUGCAGUACCUCGGCUGCGAGGCGGCCGACCUCCUCAGGUUCUCCAAGUAG